AUGCUAGGCAGAAACCUUUUGGAUUUCGCACUUCGCAGCUCUUUGCGUAGUUUGAGCACUGCGGCCGAGGAGAGAUUAAGUUCUAUUAAUGAUUCCAAAAGGGAGUUGUGGAGGAAAUCAGGAAAUCCUUUCACAGAAGUUCCUCAAGCUUGGGUGUGUUCAUUUGAUGGUGUGGAAGAGAAAAAACUUGGAAUAGUUGAUUUACAUCCUGAUGUCUUCCGCGUUAGACCCCGACUCGAUUUACUCCAUCGAAAUGUUAAUUGGCAAUUAAAUUAUAGAAAUGUACAAUUAACCAAGCAGUUAACAAGAGCAGAAAUGCCUGGAGGAGGAAGGAAACCUUGGCCUCAGAAGAAAACUGGUAGAGCUCAUGUUGGAUCUGUGCGAGCGCCCAAUUUCAUCCACGGAGGUUUCGCCCAUGGUGUCCGAGGUCCUAGAACUUGGUUUUAUAUGCUCCCAGAUUCUGUUCGUAUCCAAGGUCUCUGUACUGCACUAACAAUCAAGCAUGCACAAGAUGAUCUUCAUGUCGUGGACAGUUUUGAUAACUUACCUGAAGCUGAUGCUCAAUAUUUACAUGAUUUGGCUGAUAAGCGGAACUGGGGCUAUUCAGUUUUGUUCGUGAAUGAUACAGACGAAAUAUCGGGUGGAUUAGUCCCUGGCUUGGAAAGUGUUCCUUCUUUCAAUGCCAUGCCAGUUUACGGCCUCAAUUGUUAUUCUUUACUGAAAUAUGAAACUAUAGUUUUUUCUCGAAAAGCUCUUGAUUUAGUAGAGAAGAGGCUACUUAGCCACUUACAGAGAGUUGAACCGCUCAAUAAAAAAUACAGAUAUAUGGAUUACAAAGAACGAAUUCUGCGAGAAGCAGAGGGUGAAGAUGAUGAACAUAUGCCACCUUAUGUAUAA